UUCUUUACUAUGAGCGCCGUCAACAUCACGAACGUCACCGUUUUGGACAACCCCGCCGCCUUCCUAAACCCCUUUCAGUUCGAAAUCUCAUACGAGUGCUUGACUCCUCUUAAAGACGAUUUGGAAUGGAAACUCAUUUACGUGGGAUCUGCUGAGGAUGAAACUUACGACCAACUCUUAGAAAGUGUGCUUGUUGGCCCUGUAAAUGUUGGGAACUAUCGUUUUGUCUUGCAGGCAGACCCUCCAGACCCCUCAAAAAUUCGUGAAGAGGAUAUAAUUGGCGUCACAGUGCUGCUAUUGACGUGCUCUUACAUGGGACAGGAAUUUAUCCGAGUGGGAUACUAUGUAAACAAUGAUUACGAUGAUGAGCAGCUAAGAGAGGAACCUCCCCCAAAGGUUUUGAUUGAUAAAGUUCAAAGAAAUAUAUUAGCUGACAAGCCUAGAGUCACAAAAUUUCCAAUCAAUUUUCAUCCAGAGAACAAUGAGCCUGCAGAAGGAAAUCCUCCUUCACCUGAUCAUGCUAUCGAAACAAAUGGGAAUGGAGAACUGCCCCCCUCACCUGAUCAUCUGCAUGGGAACGGAGAAGUACCCCCCUCUCCUGAUCAUCCGCCUCAUGAGCAGUAG